ACUUGAGUAUCUGGUCAAUAUGGAUAAUCUUUGGUUCCUUCCUCAUGUGUGGAUGAUUGAGGUCUGCGCUGCAGCUCGUUUGGAUGUUUUAUGUCGCGGCUGUGCACAUAAUGAUAUUUAGCGAAAUUAUUUCAGUCGUAACGGAGCAUGAUUUGUCAACGCAAUGUUGCAAAUGAUGGGGUGUCGUUACAAAAGUUCAUAACAAAGCUGCAAAACAUCAACCAGCAGGGUGCCAGUAGCUAGCAAUGCUAACUAGCUAGCUGGUAACAUUACCGUUAGCAUUUUUCACAAGCGUGUUUUAUCUAAUGUUACAUUCGAGUUAAAUAUAGUGAUAUGGCACAUAGGAAAGAAGUAUUCCAGUCUAAAGUUCUUCAGAGGCUGUACCCCUUACCUCCCAAGCUUGAGAAAGAACCCAGCUCUUCACCCCCCGAGUUUGUUCUCGACAAGUCCUCUGUGAAACAGAAAAUAGGCCUAGAGGAGUGCACUAUCACUGGAGAUGGAGGGAUAAUACCAUCCUCGACCCAGCCAGGCAGACGAAUGUACACAGUCAUAGCUCCCCCUGCAGAAUACAAAACAGGUGCAGAGGGAUCUGUCACGCUCUCUCAGCCAGCAUACAUAAAUACUGUGCAAGACCCAGCUGAUGAGAACACUCAUGAGUCUGAAGGAGAAGGAGAAAGACAACGACUGAGAAGAAGAAGAAAGAGAAAGGGAAAAACAGCUCCAGGAGGAGGAACAGUCACGGGACAGGCUACAGACUCCAACCCUGGGGAUCCAACCAUGGCUCCGACCCCCACGGAGGAGAAAGGAGAGCAGCUCAGCAAGAACAAGAGGAGGAAACUAAAGAAGAAACGCCACAAAGAAAAGCUCCUCUCUCUGGGUCUGAUGCCCCGCGCUGCAGCUCUGGAGUUCACCUACCAGAGAAAGGGGAAUGGGGAGGAGGAGGAUGAAGAGAUGAGGCAGAGAAGAGCAGCUGAAGUGAUGGACUUCCUAAGGACCACACAGGAGAUCUACGUGUCUGAUCGCUCAUUGCCUGCAGGCAGGCUCCAUGUGUCCUCAGGGGUAGUGGAGGGCCUUCUGACCAGCCUGUCCAAUGGAACAUUCCCCCCUCCUGUUUUGGCCCAACUCCACAGCCUCAAGUCCCUGGUGCAGCAACAGGACACGGAGAGGCUUGCCAAGGCUCUGCAAGAGCUCCAGAACAGCUCUACCAUGUCUCCUAGUGAGGCCACUGCAGUUGUGUCCUUAUUUCAGUACUGGAUCACAGACAUCCUGCCCCUGCAGAGACCGGAAGACAGGCCAACCAACAACACAACCUUCCUAGUUGAACCAACCAACAACACAGCUUAGACUUUCCUAGAUGUUCAAGGUUUUAAACAAUACUACUGAUGGAAAAUGUAUCUGAAUCAUACAUUGUGUGCCCACAACCACAACUGUUUGAUAAGACCACUGCAUACAAAUGUUCUUAAAGGUGCUACCUGUCAUGACGUUGCCCUCUUUGGGUACAGCAAGCUCAUCCCCCUCUCCCUGCCUCCUUCAACAAGGCUGCUGUGGUCAGAGAGAGGUCGUAAAUUCCUGAGAAGACCCUGCCUCAUGGCCACAGUAUAAGAGACGGAGUGAAUUUUCAUAGAGAACGAAGGACUUUCUUCCACUUCACAGAAGUUGAGGUCCGAACAAAUUUUAUGUUCCGGACAAGGUAUAAAAGAUUGGUGAAGAAUCCAGCUACGAACUGGUCCAUUUGUUACAUUUUGGGGAAGCUCAUGGGAGACGGUGUGGCCACAUUGCCAUAACGCUGUUUAUAUAAUAGCCUCAGAUAUUAGGUUUUACAUCUAAUUGUUGUAUAAGAUGAGUGAGUAUGAUACUGUUUGUAAAAUUGUGUGAUGUGAUUUUGGACUGUUUAAUGAAGAAAACUCUUGAGUUUAACUAAAUCUGAGGACUUCCCCUGAGCCCAGUUAGGGUCAGGCAUCCUGGGACAGCCCUUUUCUGCAAUUCCAAAUAAAACCCAACUUUGAGAAAUUA